AUCAGAGCGAGUUGUCCGCUUCGAUCCUGUGCCUGAAGAGGAAGGGCCCGAAGAAGACUACAAUGGCGGAGACGACGAAGAUGAUGACGAAGAGGAGGGGUUUGAUCCUUCGGCUGCUGCUCCUGAAGCUUACGACGCUCUCGUCACUCUUCUUGCCACUGACGAGCCAGCUAAGCCAAAGAAAAAGAAGAGGAGCGCACCCGUGACGGAGAUCGAUGAUCUGGCACCUGUGCUCGAAGACGGCGACAACGAGGAAACCUUGGAAGAGCCGAUGGAAGGCGACGAAGAAGAUGCGUCCGAUCCGUUCGAGCAACAUUUUGCCAACCCGCGCUCUGAUGUCCUUGAUCAGCUUCAUAAGGCUGUUACGGGCAACAAAUGGACAACAACGCAAGCCGCAAAUGCUGUUUUAGGUAAGAUCACCGUCCUCAGGCCAGAGAACGUAGAGCAACUAUCGGUCACUCCGCCCACUUCCGUUGCAAGCCUCAAUGCGUUGAGACUGAAGCAGCGCGUGCUGAAAGUAUUCACAUCGACGAAUUCAAGUCUAACACUACUUCAGUCUGCACUUGCUGCUCCCAUAUUCAGCAACCUCGAUUUGCUGCAUACCGGUCGGACGCACAAGAACGCCGAAGAGAUUAGAACUCUAUACACUCUUCACGCACUCAAUCAUCUGUACAAGACCAGGGAUCGGGUGUUGAAGAACAAUGCUCGACUUGCACAUGCGGCCGAUGACGACGAUCUUGAGCUUCGUGAUCAAGGUUUCACCAGACCGAAGGUUCUAUUCGUCCUUCCCACGCGUAACGCGUGUCUGGACAUCGUCAACACUCUGAUACGAUUAUCUGGGACCGAACAACAGGAGAACAAGAAACGCUUUAUGGACAACUUUACCGUCGAAAAGGAGACGAUCUCCGAGACGAAACCGGAAGACUUUCGAGCACUCUUUGCCGGAAACGAUGACGAUAUGUUCCGCGUAGGAAUCAAAUUUACAAGAAAGACAAUGAAGUUCUUUGCGGACUUCUACAACUCGGACAUUAUUCUCGCAAGUCCGCUCGGUUUGAGGAUGGCUAUUGGAGCGGAGGGCGAUAAGAAGCGCGACUUUGAUUUCCUGUCAUCAAUCGAGUUGGUCAUCCUCGAUCAGGCUGAUGCAAUGCUCAUGCAGAACUGGGAGCAUGUCGAACACCUGUUUGCCCAUAUGAACCUUAUCCCCAAGGAUCCACAUGGCUGUGAUUUCAGUCGCGUACGAAGCUGGUAUCUGGAUGACCGUGCCAGGUUCAUGCGCCAGACACUCGUAUUCACGCAGUACAACACCCCCGAACUUAAUGCUUUAUUCAACAAGGACAUGCGGAACUUGUCCGGCAAAGUCAAAACUCGGCACCCUUGCGAGGGAAGCAUCAAUGACGUUGGUGCACAUAUUCGUCAAAACUUCCUUCGCAUGGAUCUCGCAAACCCAGCUGAUGAUCCCGAUGUACGGUUUAAGCAUUUCACCACAGGCGUACUCCCAGGUCUGUUGCGGUCCUCAGGUAAUGGAGGGCUUAUGAUCUUCAUUCCUUCAUAUUUUGAUUUUGUUCGCUUGCGAAAUCAUCUCGAGAGCAUCGACGCAUCGGUAGCUGCGCUUAGUGAAUACACCAAAGGACCCGAUGUUGCUCGAGGACGAACCCUUUUUGCUCAAGGACGUAAGAAGAUUAUGGUCUAUACUGAGCGUGCUCACCAUUUCCGUCGUUACGACAUCAAAGGUGUUACAAGUCUCUACAUGUACGGCUUGCCUGAGCAUCCUCAAUUUUACCCUGAGCUCGUUCGCUUCUUGGCAAGAAGCGUUGCGGAGGGCGUUGCUGACCAGGGAGCUGUUAAGUGCAGAGCGCUGUUUACCAAGUUUGAUGCGUUGAAGCUGGAGAGAAUUGUGGGAACCAAACGUGCAGGAGCUAUGUGUAGCCCUCAAUCUUCGGGUAGUUUCGAAUUUUAUUAGAUAGACAUUGAUGAAUGAAAGGUUCUCUGUUCUAACAGCCG